CCCCCGGACAGGACCCCCUUGAGCUCGUCCCUCAGCUGCCACCAUGAGCGACCCUGAUCACUCCAUGGAUGAAAUGACAGCUGUGGUGAAGAUUGAAAAAGGAGUUGGUGGCAGUAACGGGGGCAAUGGUAAUGGUGGUGGUGCCUUUGCACAGGCUCGAAGCAGCAGCACAGGCAGUGCCAGUAGCAGCAGUGGAGGAGGAGGAGGACAGGAAUCCCAGCCAUCCCCUUUGGCUCUGCUGGCAGCAACUUGCAGCAGAAUUGAGUCACCCAAUGAGAACAGCAACAACUCCCAGGGCCCGAGUCAGUCAGGGGGUACAGGUGAGCUUGACCUCACAGCCACCCAACUUUCACAGGGUGCCAAUGGCUGGCAGAUCAUCUCUUCCUCCUCUGGGGCUACCCCUACCUCAAAGGAACAGAGUGGCAGCAGUACCAGUGGCAGCAAUGGCAGUGAGUCCUCCAAGAAUCGUACAGUGUCUGGUGGGCAGUAUGUUGUGGCUGCCACUCCCAACUUACAGAACCAGCAAGUUCUGACAGGACUACCUGGAGUGAUGCCUAACAUUCAGUAUCAGGUAAUCCCACAGUUUCAAACCGUUGAUGGGCAGCAGCUGCAAUUUGCUGCCACUGGAGCCCAAGUGCAGCAAGAUGGUUCUGGUCAAAUACAGAUUAUACCAGGUGCAAACCAACAAAUCAUCACAAAUCGAGGAAGUGGAGGCAACAUCAUUGCUGCUAUGCCAAACCUACUCCAGCAGGCUGUUCCCCUCCAAGGCCUAGCUAAUAAUGUGCUCUCAGGACAGACUCAGUAUGUGACCAAUGUACCAGUGGCCCUGAAUGGGAACAUCACCUUGCUACCUGUCAACAGCGUUUCUGCAGCUACCUUGACUCCCAGCUCUCAGGCAGUUACGAUUAGCAGCUCUGGGUCCCAGGAGAGCGGAUCACAACCCGUCACCUCAGGGACUGCCAUCAGUUCUGCCAGCUUGGUAUCUUCGCAAGCCAGUUCCAGCUCCUUUUUUACCAAUGCCAAUAGCUACUCAACAACUACUACCACCAGCAACAUGGGGAUUAUGAACUUCACCACCAGUGGAUCAUCAGGGACCACCUCUCAAGGCCAGACACCCCAGAGGGUCAGUGGGCUACAGGGAUCUGAUGCUCUGAACAUCCAACAGAAUCAGGCAUCUGGAGGCUCACUGCAAGCAAGUCAGCAAAAAGAUGGAGAGCAAAACCAGCAGACACAGCAACAGCAGAUUCUUAUCCAGCCUCAGCUAGUUCAAGGGGGACAGGCCCUGCAGGCCCUUCAAGCAGCAGCACCAUUGUCAGGGCAGACCUUUACAACUCAAGCUAUCUCCCAGGAAACCCUCCAGAACCUCCAGCUUCAGGCUGUUCCAAACUCUGGCCCCAUCAUCAUCCGGACACCAACAGUGGGACCCAACGGACAGGUCAGUUGGCAAACUCUUCAGCUGCAGAACCUCCAAGUUCAGAACCCACAGGCCCAGACAAUCACCUUAGCCCCAAUGCAGGGUGUUUCCUUGGGGCAGACCAGCAGCAGCAACACCGCUCUUACACCUAUUGCUUCAGCUGCCUCCAUUCCUGCCAGCACAGUCACUGUGAAUGCUGCUCAACUCUCCUCCAUGCCAGGCCUCCAGACCAUUAACCUCAGUGCAUUGAGUACUUCAGGAAUCCAGGUGCACCAGCUUCCGAGCCUGCCGUUGGCCAUAGCAAAUACCCCAGGUGAUCAUGGAAGUCAGCUUGGUCUUCAUGGGGCUGGUGGUGAUGGAAUACAUGAUGACACAGCAGGUGGAGAGGAAGGAGAGAAUAGCCCAGAUCCCCAGCCUCAAGCUGGUCGGAGGACCCGGCGGGAAGCAUGCACAUGUCCCUACUGUAAAGAUAGUGAGGGAAGUUUGAAGGGAGUAAGCUGGACAAGGUAUCCCUACUUCCUAACAUGUCAUCUUACCUUCUUUGUCUUUCUUUACCUAGGUGAGAAGAAAUUUGCCUGCCCUGAGUGCCCUAAGCGCUUCAUGAGGAGUGACCAUCUGUCAAAGCAUAUUAAGACCCACCAGAAUAAGAAAGGAGGCCCAGGUGUAGCCCUGAGUGUGGGCACUUUGCCCCUGGACAGUGGGGCAGGUUCAGAAGGCAGCGGCACUGCCACCCCUUCAGCCCUUAUUACCACCAACAUGGUAACCAUGGAGGCCAUCUGUCCAGAGGGUAUUGCCCGUCUUGCCAACAGUGGCAUCAACGUCAUGCAGGUGGCGGAUCUGCAGUCCAUUAAUAUCAGUGGCAAUGGUUUCUGAGAUCAGGCAUCUGGGGCCAGAGACAUAUGGGUCAUACCCCUCAACCCUGGGAUGCAAGGUAGCGUGGGUCCAAGAGACAUGUGGGAGAGAAAGCCAUGAGGCAUUAAAAUGCAUGGCGGUGGGAAGAAUUGGGGAAGGGAUACAAGAGAAGAGAUGGGGUCCUGGCACCCACCUAUAUCAUCAGUGCCUCCUUGAAUGUGGGAAACAUUAGUGAAAAUCCUGUUGGUGCCACCCUUUGAUGAGCAUUUGUUUGACCCCCAGUUUCUUCUUUCAUUUCUUACCCCAGCCUCCCUUUGCUGCAUUUUUCUUCUCAGCUCUCCCAUGAUAGAUCCCCCCCUUUCCUAAAGCCAUCAUGCCUUGAUAAAUAUAUAUGAUCAUUGAAAUACUUUUUAACAAAAAACAGAUUCUAUAUUAUAUAUAUAUAUAUUAAAAAAGAUAUAUAGAGAUGCAUUCACAGGGGUUGGCUGGGAGGAGGAAGGAGACCAUUCUGUGACCAAAAUACCUUGGUCAUUUUUUUUUUUUAUAUUGCCUUAUUUUCUUAUGGCUGAGCCUUGUUGUGACACAUCAAGCUUUUCUAUAGAUGUUGUCUUGGCUUCCCACCAGAUUAAGCAUUCAUAUGCUUUGCUUUUAGUUGAUAUAUACAUACAUAAUGUUUUUCCUUUCUUAAUAUUGUCUUUUUAUUUGGGAUCAGCUUCUUGUACUCCUUUCCUGACUUAAUUUUUUCUGUCUCCCCUUCUGUCACCUGAUCACUUGAUGUUUUUUGCUAGUGAUCCCUGGAUGAAGUACUUCUGUUGAUUGUUUAAAGACCUUAGUCCCAGCAACAGAAUGGAAAAACCUUGAUGUCCAGGCCAAUGCUUGAGGUAGCUGUGAAAGGAGUGUUCGAAAUACUGCUGACGCAGGCACCUUCUUUGUGCUGGAGAGUCAAAAGCAUCUCCCUUCAUCAGCUGCUGUAAGCAUUUAGAAUCAAACUUUUCUUUGGAAUUGUACAUUAGACCCUUUGAAGGUUAUAAUCUGGGAUCAGUUUGUAUAAACUGUCAAAAAAUGGUCAAAUGAUAGAUAGGGUCUUUUCAGUAGAAAAAAGAUUGCUCAGAAGAGGAAGUGGCUCAUGGUAUUUGAGUUCAGGAGCUAGUGGAGUAUUUGAACUUUGGUACCACUGUCUUCCACACUGUCUCUAAGCUUUUAUGUGUGGGCUUCUGAGUUUUUAUUCUAAAAGGAAGUACACUUCCUCUUUUGAACAUCCUGGGUAGUAGUUUCUUUCCUAUUAUGUUGAUAAGGAGCAUCAGCCAAUAGAUCUUUCUGGGUUCCCAUUCUGCAGAAUUCCAGAACAUGUACUAGUGACAAGACAGUGGUUCUUAAUGAUCUUUUUCCCUUAACUCUUCCUUAAAUGUAUGUACUUGGAUGGUUCCUAAGGGAAAAGGGAGCACAUGAUCAUGGGAAUGAUAGCCCAGAACAAAAGAAAUCUUGUCUUACCACUAUGAUUUAUAAGAGAGAUUGGAAGAAAUCAUCCUGUUUUCUCCAUGGCCUGAUUCCAGUAAAGACUGAUCCAAAAAUUAUAGCGGCAGGGAACUCAGUGCAUUUUGCAUUGAUAUUUAAACACAACCAGAAUUGUCCUCAAGGCCCAGCCAUUAAAGCAUUGUCUCUCUCUACCUUCUGGUAUCUUGUUAGAGAGCUUUUCACUGUGAGGAAGUGUGGAAAUGGCUGUGUGUAUGUGUGUAAUCUAUUAGGUUGGGGAUAGGUUUUCUGUUAGCCAAUAAUAAAAGAGACCUGCAAUAAAAAAUUACCCUAAUCUGAUAGAAAGUUAAGUGUUUGUGUAUGACUGUGUGUGUGAAUGUGUGUUCUUGCCUGUAUAUAUCUACACACAGAUGAGAAAUUAUAUUUGAAAUUGUUGGAGAUUCAGAUCAAAAUGCC